UCAUUUAUUUCGCCUUCAAGUAUGCAUUGACUGACAGUAGUAGGAAAAUCACUAGAAGACAAGAUUCAAGGCUUUUCGGAAUUUAUAGGUGCUUCAUUUUACUUGCAUUCCGUUUAAAAAAAAAAAGAAAAAAAAAAGCAAAAGAUAUAUUCGCGAUGAGUGGUUGAAAAAAAAAAAACUUUGAACGAAUCGUGUGUGAUUAAGUAAUCAACCAAAAACUAGAAGCAAUAGAAAUCAAAUAAUAAAUUAUUUAAUUAAUUAGAAAGUUUAAAAAAUUUAAUAAAAUAAUAAAUCAGUGUAAAAAUAGAAAUGAACAACGAUAAACGUAAUAAUGAUAAUAAUAAAAUAAUUUAUAACAAAUUCAAUAAGUCAUGAGCAAGUAACGCAGAUCAAUUACAAAAAAGCACAUUCUCACAUCUUCACAUAUAUAUACAUAACACGCACGGGCACACAUACCACACAUAGAGGCUUAAGCAAAAGAAGGAUUGUAACCUAAAAGAGUUCAGCUUAAUUUUUUUUUUUUUAUUGGUUGCGAACAUCGUAAUAAAUUGGAAAAUUAUUAUUAAAAAAAAAAAAAAAAAAAAAAAAAAAUACCCGAAAUAGAAUAUGCAAAGUGAUUGGAAUUGAAAGCGGAAGCAGCACAACAUUAACAAAAUUAAAACAAAUGAAAAAUGGCCUCGGGUGAUACGAUUAGUAAUAUAGAUCCGGAUAUAUCAUCCACAUCAAAUAUAAAAAAUACUGAUAAUCUAAGUCAAACAAGAGAAGAUGCCAUGGAUUCCUCAUUGUCUGAGGCUCAAGGACAACGGCGUAAUAAAGCCGAUAAAGAAAGAAAAAUAGGUCAUAGGCGAGUGGGCGAAGGAGGCGAAAUAACGUAUAAGAAAAUACAAACCUCUCAAAUAAUGGGCUCCAUACAAUUAGGGAUACAACAUACGGUUGGUAGCUUAGCUUCGAAACCGAAACGUGAUUUACUCAUGAUGGACUUUUGGGAAGUGGAAAGUAUAACAUUUCCUCCUGAGGGUUCUAGCCUUACGCCUGCCCACCAUUAUAGCGAAUUCAGAUAUAAGAUAUAUGCACCAAUUGCAUUUCGUUACUUUAGAGAUCUUUUCGGCAUACAACCGGAUGAUUUUAUGAUGUCAAUGUGUUCUUCUCCGUUACGCGAACUUUCCAAUCCAGGGGCUUCUGGUUCAAUAUUUUAUUUAACGGACGAUGAUGAGUUUAUAAUCAAAACCGUACAACAUAAAGAAGGAGAAUUUCUGCAAAAAUUGCUGCCGGGUUACUAUAUGAAUCUUAAUCAAAAUCCGCGUACUUUGUUGCCAAAAUUUUUUGGUUUAUAUUGCUUGCAAUCAAGUAACGGGAAAAAUAUACGUUUAGUUGUUAUGAAUAAUUUGCUGCCGUCUUAUGUAAAAAUGCAUCUCAAGUAUGAUCUCAAAGGUUCGACAUUUAAACGUAAAGCCUCUAAGGCGGAACGUGCCAAAAAAUCGCCAACAUAUAAAGAUCUAGAUUUUAUGGAGCAUCAUCCGAAUGGUAUCUUCCUGGAGGCUGAAACUUAUUCAGCCCUAAUUAAAACCAUUCAACGGGAUUGCACAGUUUUAGAAUCGUUUAAAAUUAUGGACUAUUCGUUAUUAGUUGGUAUACAUAAUUUGGAUUUGGCUACAAAAGAGAAACAAAAGAUACAAAGGCCGCCGCAAAAAAUUCAAUACCAAACUGAAGAAUCGGACAAUGAAGAAACAACGCCAACGGUGGCCAAAGCAAAUGAAACAAAUUCGGACAAUAAUGAAGACGAUACACAAAGCAAUAUAAAUCGGAAUAGUAUGGCUUACAGAUCGAACAGACAACGUUUGGUUGCUCAUUCUACCGCCAUGGAAAGUAUACAGGCCGAAAGCGAACCGAUAGACGACGAAGAUGAUAUGCCACCUGGUGGUAUACCGGCACGUAGCGAAAAAGGCGAACGCUUGUUAUUGUUCGUUGGUAUUAUAGAUAUUUUGCAAUCGUAUCGUUUAAAAAAGAAACUGGAACAUACCUUUAAAAGUAUUAUACACGAUGGCGAUACCGUUUCGGUUUGUCGUCCAUCAUUUUAUGCUCAAAGAUUUCAAAAUUUUAUGGCCAAAACCGUGUUUCGUAAAAUACCAUCACUGGAUCUCCCCGAGAUCAAAGGAAACCAUAGAAAAUUUCGUACCUUGGUUACCAGUUAUAUAGCUCUUAAGCAUUCACCUUCCAAACGAAAGAGUUUAUCAAAAGCAAUACAACGUUCAAUCGAGAGCGAUAAUGACGCGAAGACCGAUUACAGCUAUCACGAACGUCACAGCCACAAUCAUCCGCCUAGUUUACAUGCUAAUAAGAAAACUCUCCUUACCGCCCACAAGACCGCCUUGGCCACAACAGCUGGAGGUGAAGGCGGAGCUAGCUCUUCAACGGCACUCACUACGGCAGUCACAAAGUCUUCAAAGGCGCCACCUGUAAAGCAAAGGGGCCCAGCUCCGCCAUCUAGCGGUGGUAAUGCUCUUAAAGCCAAAGUCCCACCGCCUGUACCGCCUAGAGGAUCACCGCGAAAACGUGACAGCGAUAGUGGAGUUCAUGGGACGGAGCCAUCUACUCGCACACUUUCGACACCAGGCACAACGCCAUCAUGCAGUUCUACACCACCACCCGCCUUCGACGAUAUCUCAGAGGAUAGCUAUAACAAACAUAGUACCUCAUCAAUAUCGAGGCGUUCUCAUCAACAUCAACACCAUCAUCAUAAUCAACAACAGCAACAACAACAACAACAACAUCAGUAUCAUCACUCCUACAGUCAACCGCACGACCCGUAUCAUGAACGUAAAAUGAAUGUCGGUCCAGCUUAUCGUUCAACGUCAUCGUCUUCGCAAAGAGACGACAUGAUUAGUGUAUCCGAAAUACAUUUAGACACGUAUUUAGCCGUAGAUACAUCAUCGAGUAGUCAAUAUGGAUCGAGAGGCGGUCUAGCCUGGACACCGCCGGCCUCUGGCGAAGGCUCAACACCCACCUGGACCGAAGGAACACCAAGUUUCACGGAAUCUAGUUCAAGCGGAGAAUUUGAGCAUUUCUCACCAAUAAACUCGACAAAAAUUGAUCGUUAUAAACCAACAGUGGAGGAUGCCAUCAAUUCUCUAUCAUCGGAAAUGAUUAACUAACCAGUUACGGCCAAAUAUUUAAAGUAAAACGUAUGUGAAAUCAAUGCCAGAGCCUGAUGUCUGUUGUUACCCUUUAUCUUUCAUAUACAUACACACGUGGAUGCGUAUGCAUACAUAUUCAUAAACGUUUAAAUAUAAACAAAAAACAAAAAUAGGAAAAAGUUGAGAGAAUUUGUGUUCAUUUUGUAGGCUAUAGAAAAAAUGAGAGCAGAAGAAGAAAUAUCGGGAAAGAAAAAUUUGCAGAUCAUCUCAUCAUGUCAUUGUAAUGAAACAUUCGCGAAAUUGCAUGAUGAUGGAAUAUUUAGGCGAAGCUAGAUAUAUAUAAAAUGCUCGCGCGUACAAAGCUCACUUUCAUUCUUUUCUUUUCUUUCUUUUUUUUUUUUUGUUAUUUGUUUUGUUUUAUUUUUACAAAAGCAAAUCAGAAAACUUCAUCCUUAAGUUUAUAAACGAAUAGUAAAACUACGUAUACUCCUUGAAGGCAGUAGAGGGAGAUAUUUAAAGUACAAAAAACAAGCGAGAUUAAAGCGAACAUAGAUAUUCAACAUCGAAAACCAGUAGGCAGCAAUGUUUGCUUUAAAGCGAGUAUAGAUGUUUGACAUGACACGCCAAUGAGAAUAUGAUGGUGAACGAGAUAUUCGACACCGAAAACAAAUAACAAAACUAUAUUCAUCCUACGAUGAAUAUGGAUAUUUAAAAAAUUGAGAAAUUACAUUUCUUUUCGGCCAAGAUCGAAAAGAAGCGUGAAGUUGUGUUCACGUUGAGACGUAUAUGAAGGUUUGACAUAAGAAACAUCUAAGGAAACUAUAUUCAAUAAAGCGUGAAUGCACUAAAACUAUGUUUUCACCUUAGCUAUGCUCCCUUUACGACAAAAUGUCCAUAUUGGCUAUCAAAACUAAUUAGUUAAACUACAUUCACAUUAGAAGGCGUGUACGUAUACUCAAUACGAAAGAUAAGUAAGAAACUGUGUUCCCCUUAAGACGAUCAUCAUAUCAAAGUUAUUCGGCAUCAAUAGGAAAGUAUCCGUCGUAAACAGGAAAUAUUUUUUAUAUUUAACUAUAGUUUUCGACUAUCUUGAAAGCAAAAAAAUGUCUGCUCACAAAAUCUGACGUCAAACAAACUCACUGUAUUGUUGUAUUGAGUAUACUCAUCUUAUGUAUACCAUGUGCCAAGUUUCAGUUUGCCACCUCAAUUUUUGUUAAACACUAAAAGUGACAAGCAAACAAACAGAAGGGCGGACGGACGCCUUAGGAGUCUACUACAUUUUGCGGGAGCUUCAACCUCCGCUCGUUUUUUUUUAAUAUGACUCUUCACACGAGGUAUAUACCCAACGUGCAUAUAAAGGAAGGGCUAGAGAUGUGAAAGAUGUGAUAGGAAAGGAAAAGGAUGGAACAGUAGGUUAAGGGGUGUAUUCCGGGUAAGCGUUAAGCUUUUGCCUAGUCUGAGUACUUUAUGGUAUUUACUAAAAGGCUCAACAAUGGACACAUGUGCAGAAGGAUGAACGCCUAACUAAGGCUGCGUGCGCUUCACAACUAGAUACCUUACAACUCUGAAUCUACAUUAUACAUAUAGAUGUGGCAUUAUAAAUGAGAUAAUGGCAUAAUUAAGCUCUUGUCCUUAGCCGAAGAUUAUAAAACACCGUACAUUUUUUCAACCAAACCGCUUUUAUACUCUACACCACCUUUGGCAAGCUUUGUGCGGAUCUUGAGACUUGAGAUGCCCUCACCUUUUAUAAAACCGAUCGAUUCAGAAUCAUUUUUUUAAAUUUUGUCCGUCCAUAUGUCCGCCUUGCUUACUUGUGUUCAACCUAAAUGCCGCAAUUUUUUGAGAUAUUUUGAUGAAAAUUGGCACACUAACGUAUAUCGACUAAAGGGCAAAGGCUAUUGAAAAUAGUUCGAAGUGAACCAUUUUUAUGACAACUUCCCAUAUAACGCCUAAUUUUAAGAAGUUUUUCAUAUAAGUAACUAUGAGGCGGGAUAUGGUAUUUUAUGGUGGGCUUUGCUCCACUGUACGUAAUGUACGUUUUUACUUGUUGAAACAUGUGAGGAACGAAAUCGUUCUAUUGUUUCUCUUUUUUAUAAUUUUGUUAUCAUUACCGUCUAUCAAUAAUUUAAGAUCAUGACACGUUAAUAUUCUUCACAUUAGUAUACAAAACAUAAUGGAAAAUCAUGAAAAUAUUCCUGUGAGUAUUCCUUUAAAACUUAAUACAGAUUAACCUAGGAAUUAAAGGGCCUUUUCCGUAAUGUCUGAUCCCCAGGUUUAGCGGACCAAUCAAACAAUCCCGAAGCGGGGAUGGCCCUUAAGCUCGUUGUAGUUAGGUAUGCCAGAAAAGCCUUACGCCUGACUUAUUGACUGAAAAUCACUUUAACCAUAGCAUACACUUUAUCAUAAUUCUAUAACUAAUUAUUUCAUUUAAGAAUUUUUUUGAUCCUCAAAUAUUUAAAAUGCAAUGAACUUUUCAAUUAAUUAAUACGUAUUUCUUUCUCGUUUUAAAUUAACUUCUAUUUAUUAACAAUAAUUUUUUGUGGUUUGAUAUCUUCGAAGAAUGUUAAUGUUAAUUAAAGUAAUAAUUUUUUUUUUUCUUGCUCUUAAUCAAUAAUUCGCGCGUAUAUUAAACUAUUAAUUGCUCCUUAUAUAAAAUAUUAAAAUAUAAAUAAGCAAAAAAAUAAAAAAAAAUAAAUUCAUUUUCGGUCUGAACCGAUUAUUUCAUAUUCACCAUCUUUUAAAUGAGUUUACGCCAAGUCUCAAACGAAGAAAAACCCAAAAAAAAAAGAAAACAUACUCCACAAAUGAGCUUAAUUUUUAUGUAAUCGUUUUUUCUAAAUUUCAGAAGAAUUUUCAUCGUUUAUUGCUAAGAACAUUUCAAUAUUUUUCUCAUUAUACCUUAUGCCACAUGUGGUAAAGGCUUGUACAGAUGUAUACAACAAGCCGAUGACACACCUUUUAUUAGGCCAACCGAUUCGGAAUCACCUUCUGAUUCAGAACCACACCCUCAACCGAUCUGAGCUCUUGUGUCCAUCUGGCUGUUCGUCCGUCCAUCGAUGCGUCCGUUUGUCUUGUUUUUCUUUUUCAUUCAAACUACAGAUCGCAAUUUUUGGGACAUUUCGAUCAAGUUUAGUACAUGUCUCAGCCCAAGGACGAAGCCUCCUGAAAACGGUUUUUAUCGGACCGCUGUUUCGAUCACUUCCCGUAUAAUUAGCACCUUUCUUUAGAGAGACAUUAUAUAAAUAACUGUAGGGUGGUCUAAAGUAUUUAAUGUUGAUCCAUGUCCCACUCGUCGUGUUUUUACUUGUUACAAAUUUUAUAGCGAAGUUGGAUCACUGAUCGGUAGAAUAAACUUCUAUAUUACAUUAAAUAUAUCAGGAAUACAAGUGUAAGGUUUCAAUAUUCUAUCACGAUUUUGGGGGCUGAGAACGAAGGCGAAAGUCUUGAACGAAAAAUCCCAUUGUGAAUAAAAACUUAUGCAAUUCAUAGAAACCACGAUUCUUAUUUAUGGAUCUUGGCAAAGAAAAUCCAGGAUAUUUCUCACGCUAAGUGAGCACAAACAAAAAAAAUAUAAUAAACUUCCACUAAAUUUCAUCGAUUUAUUGGAAACAGUCGAAAUAAAUUAAACGUUUUUACGAUUUCUUAAUUCUUGUUAGGCGAACGGACCUAGUGCUGCACCUUCAAUCUUGAAUUCAAAGAAGAGCUCAUAUACCAAGUCUCAAGAUUGUGACAGAAUUUCACCAAUCCGCCGAUUUCUUUGCUCCUUCAAAUAUUCUAAAUAAAUUAAACCUACUUUUGGAAUGGAUCUACGGAUUAACAGCGUCUAUUCGGGGCUAAUCCACUAAGUUUCAAUAUUUCGACACUCAUCGAUUUCCUUUCCUUUCUAAGCAUUUGAAAUGGUUUGGAUCCAAUUAUAGACUUGAUGAAACGAACUGAAUCAAGAUCAUUUCAAUAAUCGAUGGAUAUCUUUUGUUUUCUAAGCAUUUAGGUCCAUUUCUAGACUUGACCAAAGAAGCUAUAUCUACACUAGAUUAAAAUUUGAUACCCCGAACUGAAACAAGAUCAAUUCAAUAACUAAUUAAUUUUUUUGGCUGCUUAACUAUUCGCAAUGGAGUAGACCUGUUUUCAGAUUUGGUUGAUGGAUUCAAGUCAAGAAUCGAUCAGUUUCUUUAAAAACUCAAAAUGGGUUAGAUUUACUUUUAGACUUCCCCUUCUUAAUUAAGAAUUUUCUACAACAAACAAGUCCUCGGUUAAACCAAGUAGCAUGACAAAAUCCUAUCUCAAAGCUCGAAUAGAUAUUUGGAGAUGUUGACAGAGCGUUCCAUUCUAUCGUUGAGCAGUUUUUACUUGAAAGGUUCAAAAAUUAGGUAAGAAAACGCAAAUCUAUAAAGAUAUUCUAUCCUAUAUGGAACUCAUGGUGGUGGAUGUACAUUGACUUGAGAUCUUUAUCCAAAUAUAUUUAUUUGUUAAUUUAUUUAUUUUUUUCGUGAACAAACGAUAAAUUGUACAAUAAAUUUCAUGUUAAUUAAUUAAAAAGCCAUAGAUAUCCUAUUAUAAAUACUUACAUAUACUAAUAAAAAAA